AUGUAUGGCAAUCUCAGAAAGCCUCUGGUGGAGAAGUUACGCAGAGAAAGAAUCAACAGCAGCAUUGAGCAGCUCAAGUCUCUCCUGGGUCCAGAGUUCCUCAGACAGCAGCCAGACUCCAAGCUGGAGAAAGCAGACAUCCUGGAGAUGACAGUUUAUGUCCUGAGACGACUGCAGCAGCAGCAUCAAGCUGUGGACUCUGCAGCUGUCGAUCAGGGCUACUCCAGGUGUGUCCAAGAGGUGGAUCACUUCCUGUCCACAGAGGAGGUGGAGACACAGUCCCAGAGAAGACUUGUGAACCACUUCAACAAGCUGCAGUCUUCCUCUGGCCUAGAUUUCUUUCAAAAGAUGGAGUGUGGGAAAACUCUGGAGAGCAGAGUUUAGCAUGAUUAGCAGGCUCAACCCCACCAGCAGCAGACUGUUCUCCAAAGGGAUUUGGCACACUUCAGGAAACAGCUGCCCCAACCCCCCAUCCUCAUUCUGAAGGUUUUACACAGUUGCUGAUACAAAGGCAAAAAUAUGAUUAGAGGAUAAAAAAUGCACGAAAUUGAACGGAAGUUGAUAAAAUCACUUUCCAAAUCAAUUGAGCUGAUUCUUUACAAUGAAAUUGUACUGUACGCCAAUGGUGUUCUUUCCCUCCAGAUGGUUGGUGACGUCAGGCUCUGGUUCUACUUCAAAGCACGUCCAAUAUCGGUCACAAAAGGUCCAUUUAAAGUCCUUCUGUUGUUCAUUGACCACAG